AUGUUGACAGUUAACUUCAAUUUGGAGACCCCCCUGCAGGAAGCCUUCAAAUCUUUCCGUGAGGGGUCCGCGCCGAUACGCGCCCUCAUCGUCACUGUGGAUAACGAGGUGAUGCGGCUGCACGGGAAGCCCAUUGAGGCGACACCGAACGUGAGUGACGACCUCGUCAAGGUCCAGCAGCGCCUCACCGCCGACCAGACUCCGGCCGCCUUCAUUGUUAUAAAACUUCAAGAGGGCGAGUUCGCGCAGGUCUCGUACUGCGCCGAGGGCAUCAAGCCAAAGGUACGGAUGCUAUAUGCGGCUGGCGCCGGUCACCUCGCAGAGGCGUCGGGCCUGAAGAAUUUGAGGAAGGAACAUGCGGUGCGUGUACAGGACAUUGCGCUACCACUCUUAGCGAAAGAAACCGCCAACAGCCGUGCGGAGCUCAUGACAGAGAAAGAGAAGCUACGCGUUGUCAUGGACAAAAUGGAACUGGCGCCUGCGCCUGUAGCGAUGCCCGGCGUGACAAUGCCGCUCGACGAUGAGAGUGUGCAGCUGCUGCAGAAGCUGCGCUGCGGCGAGCUGGCGGCGGUGACCUUUUCCGUAAAGGCCGAAAACAUUGUGGCUGAGAAGUCACUGCCGAGCAAGGAUGGGGUGUCGUCUCUGUCGAGCGUCAUUGACGCGGUGAAAGGCCUCGUCCCGGCAGACAAGCCACGCUUCGUUGUGCUGCGCUGCCCGGCAGGGGACGCCGCGAAGACGGUAAUGGUCUACAUCUGCCCCAGCACUGCCAAGCCGCGGGAGAAGAUGUUGUACUCGUCCUCCAAGUCCUCGUUCGUGGAACAGGCGAAGCACCACGGUGUAGUGCUGGCGCGGCGGCUCGAAUUGGACAGUGCCGAUGAGUUAAAGAGCGCCGUUGAGGACGCCGUCCUCGACAGCAUGGGGAACGACGUCGCGGAGCGGCCAGUGCCGCCGAAAGCCGCCGCCGCAAAGGGCCCGCGCAUGCUCAUCUGA